AUGCAGAGAAUCCUGCUGUUGAGUUUGCUGGCUGCUUUGGCUCUGGCUGAGCCCAAAUAUCUGACGGAUCUGGCCACUGAGGAAAGAAUUGUCGGUGGAGAGAUCGCAAAACCCCACUCCUGGCCCUGGCAGGUAUGAUUAAAAAAAGAAUUGAAUUAAAAUUCUUUCAAAUCUCACAAACCUUCAUUGCUUUUGACUGAGACCUGUUCAUUGUUUUUAAGGUAUGAUGUAGCACUUCUGAAGCUGGUUUCUGAUGCCACUCUGAACGCAUAUGUGCAGUUGGCACCACUGCCACGCCAUAAACAGAUUCUGCCUCACGGAAACCCCUGUUACACCACCGGCUGGGGCUACACUGAGACUGAUGGUUCGCUUUCUGCUGAGCUGAAACAAGCCUAUCUGCCUGUGGUCGACCACGAAACCUGCUCUCAAAGCGACUGGUGGGGAAGCACAGUGAAGAACACCAUGGUUUGUGGUGGUGAUGGCACCAUGGCUGGAUGUGAGGGUGACUCCGGGGGUCCUCUCAGCUGUCUGGUUGAUGGUAAAUACAUUGUCUAUGGAAUCACCAGUUUUGUGUCAUCGGAGGGCUGUAAUAUCUACAAGAAGCCCACAGUCUUCACUCGCGUGUCUGCCUACGUUGACUGGAUUACCAUCAACAUGAAUGAAUGGGAUUACGAACGACAAACAUCCUUCAUAGUGCGCAAUGACAGAAGAAGAAACGUUAACUAUCAAUAAACGUUGC